AUGGAUUGCAGCAAAUUGGCAGAAGAUGGGACCCCUGAGUUAGGAAUGGAGUUCAACAGCGAAGAGGAUGCGUACCAGUUUUACAACAAAUAUGCCUUUAAAAUGGGUUUUAGUGUACGUAAAGACUAUCUGAAUAAAGACAAAGACGGCGUGACCACGUCUAGGAGAUAUAGUUGCUGCAAGGAAGGUGUAAAGCGCAAGUACGAAGGUGAUGUGAUGCCAAAGAGGACACGAGCGCCGACGAAAACAGGGUGUGGAGCUAAAAUGGUUAUCGUGUUGUUUAGAGGAACAAUGAAGUACCGUGUGCAUGACAUUGUCUUAGAGCAUAACCAUGAGUUGCACAUUGUUCAAUGUGCGCACAUGAUGCCAUCACAAAGAAAAGUGAGCGAGGCUCAAGGAUUCCAAGCUGAAAUAAGCGAGGACGCUGGGCUUUCAUUGAAACAGAGUCAUGAACUUAUGGGAAAGGAGGCAGGUGGGAUGGGAAAUGUGGGAUAUACUCGGGAAGACCUGAAACGAUAUCUUCGUACUCGACGGGAAAGGAGUUUGAAAUAUGGAGAAGCAGGUAGCAUGCUGAAUUAUUUUCAAGAGCAAACACUCGAGAAUCCAUCAUUUUUUCAUGCCGUACAGUUGGACUGUGAAGAGCAGAUAACGAAUAUCUUUUGGGCUGAUGCAGGAAUGUUAAUUGACUACAAAUUUUUUGGAGACGUAGUCACAUUCGAUACAACCUACAAAACAAAUAAAGAAUACCGGCCACUUGGAGUGUUUGUGGGUUUUAACCAACAUAGGCAAAUUGUGAUAUUCGGUGCUGCCCUUAUGUAUGAUGAGACUAUAGAUUCUUUCAAAUGGGUGUUUGGUACAUUUCUAGAAGCAAUGUGCGGAAAGCGUCCAAGUACCAUACUAACCGACCAAGAUCAUGCCAUGGCAGCCGCUCUUUCAGUUGUUAUGCCUGAAACAUUUCACGGUCUAUGUACGUUUCACAUAAGGCGUAAUUUUAUGAAACAUCUUGGCAAUCACUACAAGGAAAAUAGUGAUCUUCCAUACAUGUUUGGUACAUGCAUGUAUGAGUUUGAAGAAGUGGAACAAUUCAAUAGGGUGUGGGAGGCGAUGGUGAAGAAACACAAUCUUGAAAAUAAUGAAUGGCUCUCCGGAGAUAUAGUUGCUGCAAGGAAGGUGUAA